GGGAGCUCGCAUAUUACUUUCACUAAACCACUUCACUUUUGAAAGUUGCUUUACCAAAUAGCUAUGAAUAUGUUAACCAAAACAUUAUAUGCAAAUAUAUUUACAACCUAUAAACUUGCGUCGCUAUUAUUAUUUUGUGAAACUGCCGUGCAGAAAUUACUUUGAUGUGUAACGGUCCGAAAUAAUGAAAGAAGUGCGUUUGUUUACAAAACAUAGCCUGACUCGCGUUAGCUUAGCUUGAAUGUGUUUGGUCUCCAGCAACAUUAAUCAGCACUUAUCGAACGGUUAAAUUGAAUUGUGCUUUAUGUCCACGUCUGAGAUGUUUUGCCAAACAAUAAUAGAGCACAGCGAAGCGUUUAUUUUGCUAGGCUGUUAGCCCAGUACUGUACCUCAACCCGUCACCAACCGUUAGCCAAUUUGUUGCAAGAUUUAAAGCAAGCAGAUUAAAUGAGGAGUUACACGAUCUCCAAUGACUUUACAGCAGGAACGUGAUUCUACAGAAGGAUGGUGGGGAGGCUGGCUUCAGCAAAGCUUCCAGGCCGUCAAAGACAAGUCAUCUGAGGCUUUAGAGUUUAUAAAGCGAGACUUGACGGAGUUCUCCACAGUGGUGCAGCAUGACACAGCGUGUUCAAUUGUGGCCACAGCUACUGCUGUCAAAAACAAGCUAGCGGUUGAAGGUUCAUCAGAGACCACUGAGAAGGUGAAGAAGAGCCUUUCUAGUUUUUUAGGAGUCAUAACAGACACACUCGCUCCGCCCCCUGAUAAAACCAUUGACUGCGAUGUUAUCACGUUGGUGGCAACACCAGCAGGAACUACAGAAGUGUACGACAGCUCAAAGGCACGCCUCUACAGUUUGCAGGCUGAUCCCGCCACAUAUUGCAAUGAGUCUGAUGGGCCCCCAGAGCAAUUUGACAACUGGCUAUCCAGCUUCAGUAUGGAGGAUAAGAAAGGAGAGAUCUCUGAGCUGUUGGUCACCAGUCCCUCAAUCCGAGCGCUUUACACAAAAAUGGUUCCAGCAGCGGUCGCCCAUUCUGAGUUCUGGCAGAGGUACUUCUACAAAGUUUUCCAGCUGGACCAGGAGGAGGCACGGCGAGUGGCGCUGAAGCAGAGAGCAGAACAGACUUCCCACACAGAGACCCUCGGCUGGGAAGAAGAGGAGGAGGAUGACUUUCUUGGUAGCACAUCCACAUCUCAGCUCAAUUUCACGCCCCCAUUGGACACGAACUCGACGCAGGGGCUUACACCCUCGAUGACCCCCACAGCAACCACACAGCUGAGUAGUAACACCCUGUCUCCGAGUGAAGAGCUUGACGCCACCCUCUCAAUUAGCAGCAACAGCGUCAGUCUGCCAACGCAGCUGGAGGUGCAGCCUGAGCCCGUCGUCACCGAGUUGGCAAAAAAGCUGACCGAGGUGACUGUGGACGAUGUUGCAGACGAGACGCAAAAGGUGCAGAAACCCGAGCAGACACAAACAGAAACUGGAAAACGGCCCGUGGUCACUGUGGAUAGGGUGACAUCACGGACCCCAAAGGUAGAGGCUGCAAAAGAGGAGGGACCCCAAGACCUGAGAGUGUUUGAGCUGAACUCGGACAGUGGCAAAUCUACACCUUCUAACAACGGAAAGAAAGGUUCAAGUACUGAUGUGAGCGAGGACUGGGAGAAAGACUUUGAUCUCGACAUGACAGAAGAAGAAGUUCAAAUGGCGCUCUCAAAAAUUGAAGCUUCUGGAGAGUUGGAAGAAGACUGGGAGAACUGGGAAUGAGAGCCUCUUCAGCGUCCACCAUUUCCCUGCUAUCCAAGCUCGUUCUCAGUGGAUGUAACAUGCGUUAAAUCUUUGUCCACAUUGUCGCCUUGUCAUAAUUGUCAGUUGGAGAUUUUCCACCUGGUUUUGGACCAGUUUGGCAAACCUGUUGUAAAUAGAGACAGAAUUUAGGUAGGCCUCUUAAGCGAGACAACGUGACAUAACACAGGCCCUGACUAUUUCUUAGUCUGUGCGAAAGACACUAGUUAUAGAUGGAGGCUGUAAUCAAGAUGUUUUGUCACAACGGGAGGAACAUCUUCCCCUUUAUUUUCUUGGUAUUACUAGUCCAUCAUGUAUCUUUUUGCUUGCUUAACUGCAGGCUAGAAAUAGCUUAUCAGUGCUGCUUGUCACUGUUGUGAGAGAAAAUACUACAGCAGUGAUUUUUGAUGAUUAUUAAAGAGAGAAUAAUUACGCCUA